AUGUAAAGAGUGAUCGAAACUAGUUCGGCGCGUGGUUGAAUUUAAAUCGUUGCUCUGACGACAACUUUUCUGUCUGCAUUUCAGAAAGACACUCCUGCGCCAUUAUUGAAGAAGGACAGAAACCUGAAGCGAACAGUUGACUAGCCUACGUGUUGCGUAAUAGAACUUACGUCUCAAUCCUUGUGGUUCUCCCUUGUCUGCAUUCUACAAUUGGCGACCCUGCCAGGAUCCAGAGAUAAUGGCAAAACCAGGUAAACUGUCUGGUGGUGAAAUUCAGCCGGUGACCUCCGAUCCGGGGGUAAGGAUUGCUUCCGCUUUGGAAUCCCUGUCGGACACUAUGCAGAAGAUGACAACAAAUCGGACACCCGCCCCUUCCACACCCCCGUUACCCCCUCCAGAAAAGUUUUCUCCAGGCAUGCCAUAUCUCCGAUGGGAGAAACAGGUGCAAAUGUAUGUCAAGCAUUUUCCAGCACAACAAUGGGGUACGGUGAUCAUGGGCCUGCUGGCAGGAGAGGCAUUCGACAAAGUUACGGAUAGCAAAGUGUUAGAGGGAGAAGUCACUACGGAAACCUUCUCUGCCCUUCGUCGCAUCUUAGAUCGGCGUGGCCUGCCCGAUGAACUGCGCAGAGUUUUCCAUGCCCGGUAUCAGAGACCGGGAGAAGACGUAGAAACAUUCGUUCGCGAGUUGCGGAGGAUGGCGAUAAAUGCCUACACAGAUGAACCGCCGGAACAACAGGACAAGCGAGUGUUAGAGCAGUUGCUCGAGGGCAUCCAGACGCCCUCGGUAAAAAGAGAGUUCCGGUUACGACGACCUACGUGUCUUCAGUCAGCCUUAAAAGUGGCAGACCAAUUAGAGCAAGUCGACGAGUCCAUGGGCCCCCUGGAAACAUGCUGCGUACUGAAUCGACACCGCCCCGCUAGACUCCAACCACCAUACCGAAGAAAUUGGAAUCGCGUCCCGUUUCGAGGGGAUUAUUCGCGACCUCCAGUGCAAUCGUACUUCCGGCGGCCCCGCCGACCAAUUCCGAAUCGUGGUCUACCUCGCUACAAUAACGGACGCCCAGGUGAGUGGCACCGAUUGCAUUCACACUCUAUACCAACCAUUGUUUGUGCGUCGACCACAGAUUCAGCGUUAGCAAUAGAAUUACAGAUCGCAGGGGUUCCAUUGAUAGGUCUCAUCGACACAGGUGCAUGUAAGAGCCUAAUCAGAUCUAGUUUGACUAAUCAGCUAGCAGAACAUGUAUACGCGCCUUGUCGCUGUCGACUAACUGCCGCCAAUGGAGAAUUCUUGUCCGUUCGGGGAUCCCUAACCGCACAAGUUGACGUCGCGAAACAGAGUUUCACCCAUGAGUUUAUCGUUGCGGACAAAAUUCCGUUUGCUGUUAUUGUUGGGAUGGAUCUGUUACGCCGGUUGAAGUGUCGAUUAGAUCUGGACAGGUGCCAACUAAUCACCGAUAACUGUACAGUUUUGUUAAAACCCUGUGGAGGUGGUGCUUUGGAAGCAUCUACAACCUAUGAGGACACCUUAGAGAGUGAAAAGUACAUUAACGCCUUUAUUCGCUCACUCGACAGAGUCACGGAUGAGCAGACACUGAAGCGGCUCAAAGACGUGUUGCGCAAACACUCAGACGCAUUUGCAUGGCGCAGUACCGACUUGGGUCGAACCAAUCUCGUGAAACACCGUAUCGACACCGGGGAUGCAAUCCCGAUUAAAAUCCCCCCAAGACGCAUACCAUUACAUUGGCAGACUGAAUUGCAAAAGCUCAUAGAUGACAUGAUAGAAAAGGAGGUAAUACGGCCCUCGACUUCACCAUGGGCAGCCCCGGUUGUUCUAGUGAAAAAGAAGGAUGGUGGUUUCCGCCUAUGUGUCGACUAUAGACGAUUAAAUGAGAUUACUCGAAAAGACGCUUUUCCCCUUCCCAGGAUCGAUGAUCUAUUUGACGCACUAGGAGGAUCAGUUUAUUUCAGUACGCUAGAUUUGGCUUCCGGCUACUGGCAAGUAGAAGUGGAGGAGAGCGACAGAGCGAAGACGGCGUUUGUAGUACCAUCAGGUUUUUAUGAGUUCCAGACCAUGCCUUUUGGCCUCUCUAACGCCCCUGCGACUUUUCAACGACUGAUGCAGAAAGUGUUACACGAAUUGAUGCCCCACAAGUGUCUCGUUUACCUGGACGAUGUCAUUGUACACGGAAAAACAAAAGACGAACACCUAAACAACUUGGCGGAGGUGCUAACACGCCUAGUAAAUGUGGGCCUCAAACUCCAGCCCACAAAGUGCCAUUUACUACAGACCGAGGUAACGUAUCUUGGGCACGUCAUUUCGGGGAUGGGGAUUCGUACUGACCCACGUAAGACGGAGCAAGUGAGAUUAUGGCCAACCCCGGCCAACGUUGAUGAACUACGCAGUUUUCUAGGGUUAGCCUCAUACUAUCGGCGAUUCGUGAAAGGGUUCUCAGAGAUCGCUGCGCCUUUGAAUACCUUGUUACAGAAAGGUAAAACCUUCGAAUGGACCGUUGAGUGUCGAAAUUCCUUCGAUCGAUUACGAGAAUCCCUUUGUGAAGCUCCGGUGUUGGUUUUCCCCGAUCUGUCACCAAAUGCUGGGGAGUUUAUUCUAGACACGGACGCGAGCGACCAGGCGAUUGGAGCUGUUUUGUCACAGAAGGGGCAGGACGGAAUAGAACGAGUGGUGUCGUACAGUAGUAGAAGCCUUACGUCAAGAGAAAGAAAUUACUGUACGACAAGGAAAGAAAUGUUGGCGUUGGUGUUUUUCAUAAAACAAAAUCGACACUACCUUCUAGGAAGAAAAUUCUUAGUACGGACUGAUCACCAAUCACUCAGGUGGUUGCAAAACUUCAGGGACCCUGAGGGGCAGAUUGCUCGAUGGCAGGAGCAACUACAGGAGUAUGAGUUCGAAUGUCACCAUCGGCCUGGGAAACUACACGGCAACGCGGACGCGCUAUCGAGGAUUCCGUCUCGAGAUCACGGAAACUGUCCUUCCUGCAUUACGCAACACGUAGCGCUAGUCAACCUACAGAAAGCCGAGUAUGGUCGUUGGCAAGAGGCACAGGCUUCGGACCCCGACAUAUCACUCAUCUACCAUGCGCGGCGCUCGGGAAGGGACAAACCAGCUCCGAAAGAAAUGGAAGGGAAAAGCUACGAAGCUCGGUGCUUGUGGGCGAUGUGGGAUAAACUCGCCAUCGAAGAGGGUGUGUUGGUCUUCGAUUUCGGCCCCACGUACCUGAGGAGGAUUGUUGUUCCCCAGGCGUUAGUUACCGAAGUGCUGUCGGAACUGCACCAACAGCUGGGACACGCUGGAAUCAAUAAACUCGAAUCGGCGGCGCGUCAACGAUUUUGGUGGACGCACCAACGAAGAGACAUUGUCAACUUCUGCCAAACUUGCGAAAGAUGCGCGACGUUCAAAAAUCCGCCUAUUGCUCAUAGGGCACCAUUACAAUCCAUGACAGCAGGUUACCCGAAUGAAAUAGUUGGAGUAGACCUUGUUGGUCCACUACCGGAAACGCCGAGAGGGAAUCGCUACAUUCUAGUCAUGGUAGACUACUUCACCAAAUGGUGCGAAGCCGUGCCAAUCACACAGGCUGAUACUCUCACUGUGGCAACAGCGAUGAUUAACCACUGGGUUUGCCAAUGGGGAGCGCCUGGGCAAUUGCAUUCCGAUAGGGGAUCAUGUUUCGAAAGCUCACUGGUCCAGGAGAUGUGCAGAGUACUCGGUAUUGAUAAAACGCGAACGACGGCCUACCAUCCACAAGGGAACGGACAAGUUGAACGUACGAAUCGGUCGUUGAAGUCACUCUUGAAGGCGUUCGUGGACCAGAACAUUUACGAGUGGGAUACGUUAUUGCCUAAAUGCUUAUUGGCCUAUCGCAGUACGGUCCACUCUUCUACCGGACAAACGCCGUCGUUUAUGUGGACGGGUAGAGAAGUUCGGUUGCCCUCGGAUGUCCGAUUACCGAGAUCACAACAGGUAUACCCGUCGGUUGUUGAAUAUGUCAGCAAACUCCUCGACUCCGUUCGACGCACACACGAAGCGGCACGCAUCCAUUUGGCGAACGCUCAACGGCGACAGAAGGAAUACUACGACAAGAAGGUCUUCGGUGUCCCGUUGAAAGCAGGCGACCUCGUAUAUUUGCAUCAGGCACCGGUAUCCGGAAUACCAGCGAAACUGCAUCGUGAGUGGGCUGGCCCCUACGUGGUAGACCGAAUAAUUUCUGAUCUGACUUGUGUGGUUAGGGACCCAAAGAACGCCGUUGGGCCGUCCAUGGUCGUACACUUUAAUCGGCUUAAACCUUUCCAUAUCGAAUCUGAGCAUUCGGAUGAGGAACAUCACAAUGAGCCACCGAUAGAAGUAGCCACCGAAGUUGAAGUACCAGCUCAAGGGGGCUUUGGUGUGGCAACGGGGACGUUGCCUAUAUAGAAGGGGUGCAGUGUAAAGAGUGAUCGAAACUAGUUCGGCGCGUGGUUGAAUUUAAAUCGUUGCUCUGACGACAACUUUUCUGUCUGCAUUUCAGAAAGACACUCCUGCGCCAUUAUUGAAGAAGGACAGAAACCUGAAGCGAACAGUUGACUGUAACUUUUCUUUCAUCCCUUCCUACGUUACUGAUUCUUUCUUAUAGAGCCUACGUGUUGCGUAAUAGAACUUACGUCUCAAUC